UCCCCCAAAAGUUUUCCUCCCCUCCAAAAGUGAUUUAAAAACCGCUUUCUAAUCCGCGCCUUUGAUUUCAAAUCUACGGCCAGUUUUUGUUCAUUUCAAAUACGCUCUGAAAUCUCGAUUUUAAAGAGGCUUUGAAGGCAAUUUCCUCCCAUUUCCUCCCCUCUUUCUUCCUUCCCAUUGAAAUCUAAAAUCCACACCCCUCUUUUUGACUGAAAUCCCCCAAAUUUCUACUGGCAAUGGAAGAAGAACCUAAGAAGAAUCUGGACAUUUGCGGCAGUCUCUCCCUCAUCGAUUUCUCUUUCGAGGACGAUUCCCUCCUCAUCCCUACAUCUUCCGAUCGCCUCCGCGAUCAGCAAUCUUCUGGGCUUUCAGAAAAUCAUAAUGGUCAUCAUUGCAUUGGAGGUUUUGAGGCAGAAAGUGCUCAGGAAGGGGACAACAUACCAAACUUGUGCAAAGAAAUGGAAGAGGCUCCUGUAUUGGAGCCAUCAGAACCGACCAGAAUAAGAAGAGCUGGCAAAUGUAAUUUGCGCAAAAGUUUGGCCUGGGAUAGUGCUUUCUUCACAAGUGAAGGGAUUCUUGAUCCCGAUGAAUUGGAAGUUGUAAGCAAAACAUUCAAGAAGUCCGCGGCACAUGCAUUGCCUGAAAUUCAAGAAGAUCUUAGGAAAUCAACUGAGUCAACCUGUACGUUAGGAAGUGAUGCUUCAGCACUUGAAAGCCUUGAAAUUGAAUUGUUUGAGGAUAUACGAGCCUCCAUUCAAAAGUCAGGCUAUGAGUGCAGUAAUGCUUCCAAUGUGGCAUCUUCUAGUAGCAAAACUCGACAAGGGGAACUGGAUAUACCAUGUAUUGGUGCGUCUCCAGUGGAGCAUACUUGUCAAAAUAGGAUGAAGCCCGUCAGCAAGCCUUUGAGCUCUUCCAAGAGUCAUGGUCUUACUAAGCAAGUGCUAGAGAAAAACUCGAAGGAGGCUCUUGUUCAUCCACUAGCAGGUGUCGCUAGAAGUGGAGACCAGAACUCAUCUUUAAAGCCACCGAAGAUUUUACCAAGGGUGAACCCCCCCUCAACAGCACCAACCAAGAAAACUUUGGCUUCUUCUGAGUGUAUCAAAGUAAAAAAUAAUACUGCGAAGGCUUCAGGAAGUGGAAGCAACCAGAAGUAUGUUGCACUUUCCAAGAAACCAGUUUCUGGUGUUACACCCGCCACGACUUCCAGUUCUAUACCUUCAGCAAAAUCUUCUUCUUCAGGUUCGUCCUCUUCUGCCAAAACACUGCCAUCAACUCCCUCCUCGCACAACAGAUCUGGCAGCACUAAGAACUUGAGAAAUAGAGCUGAUUCUAGAAAUGCCAAUCCAUCUUCCACUGUUUCGAUUAUGAAAACCCCUCUUCGGAUCUCUAGAAAUAAAACUGGGUCUAGAAAUUCUAAUUUGUCGGCAUAUUUAAUGUCUACUUCCAAGUUCGAGUCAAGCGUAUCACCUGCUAGUUCCAUUGAUGGCUUGUCUUCAGAGUCAUCUUCCUCAACAUGUACGGCCAGCCAAAUGUCGAACAGUUCGAAAGCAAGCCUUGAUAUCAGUUCCACUUCCUCCUCUUGCGGGGGGGAUUUUUUGGUGAGGGAUGCCCCUGAGCAACCAGAUCAGCCCUUUAUCGGACAUGAAGAUUCAGUAGCAGGAUUCCCAAGUCAAUGUGUUGAGAAAGCCUCUAUGGAAACUGGUGUUCUUUCUCAUCUGGCAGCUGUGAAUGCUCCUAGAAGCUGCAUCAACUCUAACUCCAGCAUGCAAAGCUUCAGACCGUCAGGUCUACGAAUGCCAUCUCCAAAGAUUGGUUUCUUUGAUGCAGAGAAAACUGGUGUGCGCACAUCAAACACUGGUCUGCAAUUUAAUUCAGGACUUCGAAGUGGUCUUCUUAAGAAUGCUUCUGGAAUUAAUAAUGUUGAUGGGGCUAUCAAGCAAAGGCCUUCUAAGCUUCAGUAUGCAAGACCGCUAGCCCAGAUUGGAUCCAUGAAAUUCAAUUCUCAGCUCAUCGGACCAUCACGUCAGGCUUCUGCUUCUAGCAUGAAACCUGCCUCCACUCAACAGCCUCAACAGCUACCCAAUCCAUUACCAUCUAGCAUUCCAAGAACCAAAAACCAUCCUAGCACAGUUGUAGCAGUUCAGGGCUCAUCUCUUGGAACUGGUGGAGGGAGCAACUCUAACACUCUGGAACUACAAGCAGAAGCAGCUGAUAAAGGAAAGUAUGGUCAGAGUUCAGAUCCAAAUACGGGAGAGCAUGAUGAUCGGAAUGUUAUCGAGAUGUAUGAGGCGACAGAGAGUGAAAGGCAGGUCCAUUCAAGAGUAAGUGAAAUUGAUUUUACAAAGGAAAAUGGACAUUGCCGUUAUGCUGAAGCAAGUCAUGAAUUGGAUGUAAAGAAUGUGGAUAAUUCCAAGUUAAUUUACCAUUCUGGGGAAUGUGUUCAAGACCAGAAGGUGGAUUUCCUACAAGGUUUGUCAGAGCCUAGUUCUUUUAGCAAUAGGAGCAUAUUGGCUGAAUUGAACACGGAGUUGGCUGUGAAAAAGGUUGUUGAUAAGACAUCAAUGUUUCCUUUUCUAGAGAAAGGCAUUCAGGUGCCUUCACCAGUUGCCUAUUUAGAUCCUGCAGUUGAACUUGUGGAGGCGAAUCUCACUGCCAAAAGUUUGAAUGAGCCAGAAGGAAAAUAUCUCAGAGAGUAAUUACAAUUCUUCUCCAGUUCCUCAGCAGCUGAUUUCUCUACAUUGAGGGAGAUCACAUAACUUGGCAGAUGAUAUCUAUAUCCUGUAUCGAGAAUAAGAAAUAUCUGUUUGUUUCACCGACAUUUCUGUGUAGAAGACUAGAAACAGAUGGGUUUGUGGAAAGGAUCUUGUAACAAUAGCAGAUGUUUAUUCCACCAAUCUUGCUGAAUUUGUUGUUCUGUUGGAAUGGCUUUAUACAUAACCCAUGAGUGAACCAUUCUUUUUUUGAAA